AUGGCGUGUCCGGCUCCGUGUGUCCUCUCGGACCGCUUCUCCAAGGCCUCUGUGGGCUUUGCGGGGCAUCCGUCUGCUCGGCUGCCCCAGGGACGAAUGCCCGGCGUGGAUGCCGUCACCGGUCGAUUUCUUUGGGCCAAGAGUGAAGAUGAGGACUCCCAAAAGCUGGGAGCCCUUGUGAACGUUGGAGGUGAGGAAGGCCCGCCCAGUUUGGAGUACAUCCAGGCCAAGGAUUUGUUCCCCCAGAAAGAGCUCGUGAAGGAGGAAGAGUCACUGCAGGUCCCGUUCGCUGUGUUGCAGGGCGAGGGAGUGGAGUAUCUUGGCCAUGCAAACGAUGCGGUGAUCGCCAUCUCCAACUACCGGCUUCAUAUCAAGUUCAAGGAUUCUGUGAUCAACGUGCCUUUGAGGAUGAUGGAAAGUGUGGAGUGUCGGGAUAUGUUCCAGCUUCACAUCGUCUGCAAGGACUCCAAAGUGAUCAGGUGCCAUUUUUCCACCUUUAAGCAGUGCCAGGAGUGGCUAAAGAGGCUAACUCGAGCCAUCGCCCGCCCUGCUAAGCCUGAGGACCUCUUUGCGUUUGCCUACCACGCGUGGUGCUUGGGAGUCUGCGUUGACGAGGAGGAUCAGCAUGCACAUCUCUGCCGUCCAGGAGACCAUGUGAGAUACCGAUUUGAGAUGGAGCUGGUGAGGAUGGGCUUUGACCUGCAGAACGUCUGGCGCGUCUCUGACAUCAACAACAAUUACAAGCUUUGUUCCAGUUAUCCCCAGAAGCUGCUGGUCCCUGUCUGGAUCACCGAUAAGGAGCUAGAGAACGUGGCUUCAUUUAGAUCGUGGAAGCGGAUCCCCGUGGUGGUGUACAGACACGUGCGCAACGGGGCGGUGAUCGCCCGCUGCAGCCAGCCCGAGAUCAGCUGGUGGGGCUGGCGCAACGCGGACGACGAGUAUCUCGUGACGUCCAUUGCCAAAGCCUGUGCCUUGAACCCCGGAGUAAAGGUGCCCGGUGGCGUGCCGCACAGCGGGAGCUGCGACGGCAGCGAGGCCUGCGAUGCCGACUUCGACUCAUCCCUGACCGCGUGUUCAGGCGUGGAGAACGCAGGAACUCCUCAGAAGCUGCUGAUUCUGGAUGCCAGGUCCUACACUGCAGCUGUGGCCAACAGAGCCAAGGGAGGCGGCUGCGAAUGUGAAGAGUAUUACCCAAACUGCGAAGUGGUGUUCAUGGGCAUGGCCAACAUCCACUCCAUCCGCAACAGCUUCCAGUACCUGCGUGCUGUCUGCAGCCAGGUGCCGGACCCCAGCAACUGGCUUUCAGCCCUGGAGAGAAGCAAGUGGCUGCAGCACCUCUCUGUCAUGCUGAAGGCAGCGGUGCUGGUCUCCAGUGCGGUUGACAGAGAAGGGCGUCCGGUGCUGGUUCAUUGCUCCGACGGCUGGGACAGGACCCCGCAGAUCGUAGCGCUGGCAAAGAUUCUCCUGGACCCUUACUACAGGACCAUGGAGGGCUUCCAGGUGCUUGUUGAAUCAGAUUGGCUGGAUUUUGGUCACAAGUUUGGUGAUCGCUGUGGUCACCAGGAGAAGGUCGAAGAUCAGAACGAGCAGUGCCCAGUUUUUCUCCAGUGGCUGGACGCUGUUCAUCAGCUUCUGAAGCAGUUUCCUUGCCUCUUUGAAUUUAACGAAGCUUUUCUGGUGAAGCUGGUGCAGCACACGUAUUCCUGCCUCUACGGCACCUUCCUGGGGAACAGCCCCUGCGAGCGAGAGAUGCACAACAUCUACAAGCGGACCUGCUCCGUGUGGUCCCUCCUGCGGGCUGGCAAUAAGAACUUCCACAAUCUGCUCUACAUGCCGGGCUCUGAGCAGGUGCUGCAUCCAGUGUGCCACGUGCGAGCGCUGCACGUCUGGACAGCAGUGUAUCUCCCAGCUUCCUCGCCGCAUCCUCUGGGCCAGGAUGAGAUGGACAUUUACCUGCCGCCUGGAGCGCAGAGCCAGGAGUUCAGUGGCAGAUGUUUGGACAGAUUACCAAAGACAAGAUCUAUGGAUGACCUGCUCUCAGCCUGCGACUCCAGCAGCCCGCUGACCCGCACGUCCAGCGAUCCAAACCUGAACAACCACUGCCAGGAGGUCCGGGUGGGCCUGGAAGCCCGGCAUGCCCCCGCUGAGGGAGCCGAGCCGCACUCGGGCGAAUGCAGCACGGUGCCUGCGGCAGAGACGCGGCAGGAUGAGGAGCAAGAGGAAAGCGCUCCCCUGCACGCCAGCCUUGUGGAGCACGAAGGGCACAGCAAGCAGCUGAGCAGCUGGGCUUCCGUGCCGGCAAGCAGCGUCUCUCCGGAGGCAGAAAAGGGAAAUGGAACGUGCAUGGAGGAGCUGGAUGGCAUGUGUCCAGCUCCAAAUCCUUCAGGACAGGAAAAUGUUGACAGGGUUUCCACCGGUUCCGGCAAGCAAUUAGAAAACGGUCCCCAGGAACCUUUGAAGGCUACUGGUGUGGUGUCUAGUGGAGGAGGCUGCCCCAAGAGCAACACUGCCUGCCAAGACAUUCCCAGCCAGGAGUCCCUGGCACCAAGUGCCCCUUGUCAGGACACCCCAGGCCCUGCCACGGGCGCGCCCUGCCCAGACGAAGGCAAAGGCGAUGCUGGAAGGAGUGUGCCCUGCGAGGAGCCUGCCCGGCUGGCGAGAACCCCGCUAGAGCACUGGCGCAAGCCCAUUUCCCAGAGCCAAAGCAGCGAGUUCUCCUUCCUGGGGUCCAACUGGGACAGUUUUCAAGGGAUGGUGACAUCGCUCCCGAGUGGGGAGCCGGCACCCAGGCACCUCCUCUCCUACGGCUGCUGUAUGGGUGGUCAGGAUCGUUCCUGUGCUUCCUCGGCCCUGCUCCCCUCCUCUCCGUGCGCCGUGUACUCGUGCCACCCAGAGACCUGUCUGAAGGAAUCGGAUGGCAGCGACACUGAGGAUUUCUGUUCUGAUCACAGCGAAGACUGUUUGUCAGAAGCGAGCUGGGAGCCUGUCGACAAGAAGGAGACUGAGGUCACGCGGUGGGUUCCGGACCACAUGGCCUCGCAUUGUUUUAACUGCGAUUGUGAAUUCUGGCUGGCCAAACGGAGGCAUCACUGCAGGAACUGCGGGAACGUGUUUUGUGCUGGUUGCUGCCACCUGAAGUUGCCCAUCCCUGAUCAGCAGCUGUACGACCCUGUCCUCGUCUGUAACUCCUGUUACGACCACAUCCAAGUGUCUCGUGCCAGGGAGCUCAUGAGCCAACAUCUGAAGAAACCCAUCGCCACGGCUUCCAGCUGAAUGCCAGACAAGGGACCUGUCUAAGCCCAGCCUUUUCUCUCGUGGGUUUGAAGGGUGACUCUGCCUCCACUGUAAUGGUGAAGGCCGUUGGUGCAACACGUGAACACCAAGCUUGAAUGCACUGUCUUCAGCAGUCUUACGAUCAGCCUGGAGCAGAGGAGCUCAGAUCAGAGCCUGGUGUGUGUCCCCGCUCUGGUACCGGCGGGCCCGUGCAUUGUAGCCUGACGACCUAGGGCUAAAGAAGGGAUCGCAACCUCUUCCUUUUGUGGGCUGGAAAGCAAUGUUCUCACAGCUAUUGCCUGUGCAAAGUACCCCCAAAGCAAUAGAAAGGCAUGUUUAGAACCAACUCCCCCUACAAAGGCAGGCUGCUGCGCGAGAAGGACGAGGGCAGACUCCGUGGGCUUCGGAAGGGCCUCAGCCUGGAGCAGUUCUGUGGAUUCUCUUUCCAUGAGUGUG